UGCAGUUCCACCUCAAGAGGUUAUUCUUAACAUGUUAAACCGGUUCUGCAACUCAUUAAUAGAUCUUCGUCAAAUACACCUAGCAUUCUGUAGCAGAAGCCAGGCAAGGACAGAGGCAAUGAAAUGGAUGCCCUUCCAUUUGCUUUGCUAUCACACAUUGGAGGAUCCCGUGGACUCCCAGAACAAUAUGAAACAAUUGUCAAGAAACACUUCCAAAUAGUGUAUCUCAAGGAGUUUCUCAACAAUAAGAAUAAGUAUUCUCCAAAGAUACAAGCCAUCCUUUUGUGGUGGCAUUUGCCUGUCGUUGACAAGGAACUCCUGGAUUCUCUUCCAAACGUAAAAGUAAUUGGGAGUUCUGGAGUAGGGGUUGAUCAUUUAGAUCUAUGGCUUAUAUCAAGCUACGGAAUUAAAGUCACCAACACACCUCACGUGGGAAACGACGCGACAGCAGACAUGGCAAUGGCUCUUAUGUUGGCAUCAGCUAAACAGUUAAUUGAAGCCCACCAGGUUUCCUGUUCACCAGAAACCACAAAUUCUAAUUUGAAUUGGACUGUUGAUGAUAUCACAGAGGCCACACUGGGUAUCAUUGGAAUGGGAGGUGUUGGUUACAGCAUUGCUCUACGAGCUAAAGCUUUCAGAAUGAGGAUUCUGUAUCACAACAGGACACGAAGACGCCCAGAAGAAGAAGCGGCGGUUGGUGCCAUGUACUGCAGUAAAAUGGCAGACUUGCUUCAGCAGGCUGAUUUUGUGAUGUUGGCUAUGAAGCUCACACCAGAGACCGACAAACUAAUCGGUAAAGAGGAGCUACAACUGAUGAAGCCCACGGCCAUUCUCAUUAACAUCAGCAGAGGCCAAGUUGUGGAUCACAACGCUUUGGUGGAAUCUCUUAGAAACAGAACCAUCAAGGCUGCUGCUCUAGAUGUCACGUAUCCAGAACCUCUUCCGCGAAAUCAUCCUUUGUUGACCAUGAAGAAUGUCAUUGUGACACCCCAUAUCGGAAAUUCCACUGAGAAAACAAGAAGAAAAGUUGCAGAAAAACUUGUAUCGAAUGCAUCUGCUUUAUUAAAGGGUUUGCCUAUCACAGAUAUAGUGACAAUGCCAUAAUUUUGGGUUUCUGCAUUGCUUGUGUGACAUUUAAAAAAUGGCUCUACCGAAUCGAACAAAUAUAUCUGUAGUUAUUAAAUGAAACAGAAUUCUUGCAUUGAC